AUGUUGGCCAAGGUGCUGACCGCAUGCAGAUGGCCAGGUCAUCCGCGAACUGGACUGGAUGUUGCGGUGCGCUUCGCGAGCGCGAAACAGGUGGCCCGACGAAAGAAAGAACGCUUACAGCAGAGGUUCGCCAAAGUCCGCGAAUUUCGUCGAAAGCAGGAAGGUGACUUUCCAGUGUCCUUGCGCCCAGUGCGGAUUCCAGAGGUCCGUGAUUUGGAGACCUUGGAGGAGACUGAAGAGACGGAGGAGUCUGAGAAGGUGUCGUUGGCCAAAGCGCCAGCGCCCAAAAGCACCGAGGCCUUGGAGAAUGCCAAGGUGAAAGCCAUGAAAGAGCCCAAAGCUAUGCUUCCAACGAAGGUGCCGAACUUCAAUCUGGAGAGAGAUCUUCCCGAGGAGGACGGUGCCAGCUUGCAAGCCUACCAAGCGCGAGGCUUGGCAAAGCGGCUGGCUGAGAGGAACUACAAGUAUAUCCCCAACCCCUACUCAGAUCGUCCUGGAUCGUUGGGCACAGAUGCCCAGGCAGAAGCAAAGUACUAUACCAGGUACUUUGAUGGCACCUCCCCCAAGGUGGACCAUACGCAUCGAACGGUCAUGCCGACCAUGGAUGGCGCCCCGGAGGACUUGGUGGAGCCUAAAGCACGUCCAAAGAGGAAACGCAUCUCCGCCAAGCGCUUCUGGAUCCAAGCGGACCAUGUCACGCCGGAUCCUCAACUGGUGGCCUUCAUGAGCACUCGGGAGUUGAAGUUUGCCAUGAUGAAUGAGGCUCACCUGGUGCGGAAGUGGCGCAGUGGCCAGGCAAAGGGCCAGGGUCCAGGAGUUGGUCAUGCGCCUGGGCUUCCGGUUGGCGCCUCUGAGCUGUGGAUGGCCUUGGGUUAUCGAGCGGCCGAGUUGGCAUGCGGACGCUCGGUGCGGCCCCUGCCAGGGGAGAGUGAAGGUGUUGAAGGUCGUGCGCCAGUGGUGCGCUGCAGCUUGCAGAGUACUUUGAGGUUUCUGCAGGCUAUGGCAUCGGUCCAAGCAGGACCCCACAGCGCAGUGCUGGUGCUGGUGAACCGAGUGUUGGAAAAUGUCCGAGAUCUGAAGCCGCACCAGGGGUUUUACAUCUUGCAAGCCAUGAGCCGCUUGCGGCUGAAACAUCCCAAGGCGGGUCGAGUGAUGCAGCACUUGAGCCUCGCAUGGCGUUCUUUGGCAGAGAAGAACUUUGUGAAGAGCGCCAAUGCGGUGGCCAAGUUGGAUCUUUCCAAGGAGCUUUGGGCGAAGCCUCUGAAGAUGACCUUGGCCACGUGGCUCGCUGUGAUGGCGCCCAAGAACUUGAUGCGUUUGAAGGCCAUCGCAGUGAUGGAACUGUUGGAUGAUGAAGAUGCCAUGAGGAGCUACCUCCAGAGAUGUGAGAGGGACAGGAGCCAUUUCUGGUACUCGCGGCACUUGCAGAUGGUGGAGCUCCAUGUGCACCUGCUGUACCCAAAGCUGUGGGAGUCGUUGGAGGAUGAGGUGCGUCUCUUCCUCCAAGAGGUGCGCCACGCGGCCCACGACAGCACCAUCAGCCGCGACGACGACGAGGACGACGAGGACGACGAGGACAACGAGGCGCCGCUGGCGAAGCGGCCCAACUUCGACCGGAAGAAGUUCAACUCAGAGCUGCACCAGGAUCUGAGUCGGAUCUUAGGAUCCAUGAGCAUCCCGCAUCAGAACAAGAUCGCUGCAGGCCCCAUGGUGUUGGAUAUCCACCUGCAGGACAUGUGCAUCGUGGAAGCCUCUGCCGCUUGGUCCUACUACCUGCGCUCCUCACAUCUCACGGCCUUGGCACGAAGGAGGCAGGAGAUGCUGAAGGCUAUGGGAUUUGACAUGGCGGUGAUCCCCUACUUUCAUUGGGAGCAGUUGAAGGAUGACGAUGCCAAGCGCGAGUUUCUGCUUGAAAACUUGCCCCAGCAGGUGCGACCUGCGUCCAGGGCCGCUGCCGCUGCGACAGCGCCCUGA